CUAAAUACAAACCAGAAUACAUUGUUUGGGAAGAAGACCCCAAUGACUGGGAUGAUAUAAGUGUAUGUACUUGGAUCUUCAAGAAUGGUGCAUACCACACGAGCAGUUGUAAUGCAAAUUGGUUGACUGGAUACAUUUGCCAAAAAACUGUUGGUGGAACUGGGGGACCAACCUCGAGUUGUCCAUUUGGUUGGCGUGAGAGAGAUGGUUAUUGUUAUAUGUUUGGUCCAAAGGACCCGGAUUCUAGACUUAGCUGGGAUGACUCCAGGACAGCUUGCCAAGCACAGAUGACAGGUGCAGACCUCCUCUCUAUAGGAAAUGCAGAUGAAUCAG